AUCGUCAUGCAUGAGAAAGUUCGCAUCAACAGCGCAGAUGUGAAAUACACUGAGAAACACAUCGAGUCGCGUUACUGUUACCACACUGCCUCAGUGCGCAGAGAUGGAGACGCGUUCACUGUGACGCCCUCCAGCACCGAGUUCAUCUUUCGCACCGAGAGGAAGGUGCCCAGGCUGGGGGUGAUGCUGGUGGGAUGGGGGGGAAAUAACGGGACCACGGUCACAGCUGCGGUCCUGGCCAAUAAACUGGGUCUGACCUGGAAAACCAAGACGGGCCUGAAG